UUCGAAGCAGCGGUCCAAUUAAGUUAAAAUCCCCCCUCGAAAACUUCGCGCAAUGAGUGAUUCAGUGACCUACUCGGUAUCGUACACGGAUACGCACGCCGUGCUGCUCGUGACCACCCCGGAGCUGGACCUGGAGCACGCCGACACCGCGCUGGCCCUCGAAGUGCACGACCGGGAGCUCGUGUUCACCGCACCGCCGUACCAUGUGAGAAUUCCGGUGGAUCGUGAUCUGCGGCGGCAGGAUGAGGGUUUUCCCGAGCGGAUUGAUUACGAGAAGGAGGUUAUCUGUUACCACAUCCCGUUGGUGACGAGGGAACAGGUUGAGUCAAGUUCUGAAACGUUGUUUGCGUAUGGCUUCAACAAUUGGUACAGCGGACCGCUGAACAUUAUCAACAACCAAGAUUUCAAAUCUCUAUCGAAUCCGGAACGAUUCUCCAACGAGGAACGACACCAGAAGCGAUUGUCAGACGAGAAGACUGACUUCAACCAGGAACACUUUGGGAUGGAUCACGUUCAGUGCUUGAUCGACUGCUUUGGGCUGGACUCCGCGGUGAUACCCCUGGAAGUAAAGCUCACCGAAGAUCAAAACUAUCGUAUUAAGGUGAUUCUCAGCGACAAGAAGGACGAUCUGGAUCAGUAUCGAACGCUAGCGGAAGACAGUUCGAUUCUACUGAACCUACUCGACAUUUUGCUGGCCGUGCUGUACGACAAACUGCUGCAAAGCAACGAACUGAACGAGGCCAUUUCGCACGUCAACAUCCACCGGAUAUCGGCCACGCUGUCGUACUUUGAGCAGUUCAAAUCUGAGGAUACUGUGCUGACUGCGUUCUAUCGACGAUCCUGUGUCUACCCGCUGUUUCGAAGCAAAGAACUGGCGCAAAUCUGCGCGCAGCGCUUGGUAGAUGCGUCGAAAAAGGACGCCUUCAACGAUUGGAUCCUCGAAAAGUUGAUGUACUGUUACGAGUCUUUCAUGCAAAAUGAUUGCUCUGUGCUGAACCAUUACUACGUCAAAGACUACAUCCGGUUUGUGCGGCUUUGCGCGCCCGUUGAAGGUUUUCGCAAAGUUGUGGAAGAAGUUGCGGCGCUUCUGCCGCAGGUACACGAGCGAUCGCUGGGAUUUGGAGAAGAGGCUGUUGUGCAAAAGUUUGUCCGGGAUAUUAUUGGCCGGUUGGAUGAUAGCUCAACCGACUCGGAUGACGAUUCGUCGAGUGAGGGCGAAACGGAGACCGAGAGUAGUGACGAGGAGGUGAUUUCACAACCGGAAGAAAGCGUGUUGGACAAAUUAAUGAACUUGAAAAUACAACCCUGAGUACAAAUUUGGCUUUA